GGCCAUGGCUGUCAGCUGCUCGAAGCGAAGCCUCCCUGAAAAGUCACCAAUAAAAAGCGUCAAGCUAGCGAGGUCAUUUUAACGCAGGUGUGUCGCUCGCUGCGGUGUUUAUGGCAAGCACGUGGUUUCGGCGUCGUCGUGGCUGUGCGCCGGCUAUGACCCAACGGAGCACAUCGAGCGCCGUCACGCACAGCUGCAUCCGCAUCUCCGUGGUCUGAGUACCGUUACCACACCACGUAGAGUACUUACGCUACCUCUACUUCUACUUCUCCAACGGGACGCCGGUAGCGUGUGCGCGUCGUUCGUAAUGGCCUGGCUGGCGCUACGAGGCAGCGGCCGGAUGGUGGUGGUCCUAGCCGCCGCCGUCUCGCUUCUCGUGCUGCUCUACGUGGCGCGCAUAAGGACUUCGCGGCCCGCCCUGGUGAGCCUCAGGAGACUUCUGGACGCAGGCGUGGCGGCUGCCGAAGCGGGAGGCGACGAAGUGCGACGCGUGCGCCUCAGCAAUCGGCUCGCGCAGCAGAGCAAGGGCAAGACACGCGAAGGCGCCGACGACCCGCUCACGGCGGGCGACCUCAGCUCGCACCGCGUCAUGUACGGCGGCCUGUCGGCCGCCUUUCCGGGACUCUCGAUAAUCUCCGAGGAGCACGCUGAAGGAGAUCACGAUGCAGCCGACAAUCUGCUGUCGCGAGUACGCACUCUGGGAGGCCUGAUAGGGGACGAUGUCCUUGUUCCAGCAGAGGCCAUCACGAUGUGGAUUGACCCACUGGAUGCCACCCAGGAGUACACAGAAAACCUACUGGACUACGUCACCACCAUGGUCUGUGUGGCUGUGCACGGCUCGCCAGUGAUUGGCGUCAUACACCAGCCGUUCCUUAACAAGACAACUUGGGGCUGGGUCGGCCACGGUAGCAACGUCAAUUCGCCCGCCCAGCGUGAUGAGUCCGAGGCUCACACGGUUGUGGUGUCGCGAUCUCAUCCUGGCGAGGUGCAGGCCCUGGCCAAGAAGGCCUUCGGCUCGGAGGUCAAAGUGGUGCCAGCUGGAGGUGCAGGCUACAAGGUGCUGCAACUCGUGGAAGGCCACGCCGACGCGUACCUGCACAGCAGCGCCAUCAAGAAAUGGGACGUGUGCGCGGGCAACGCCCUGCUUGCCUCGCUGGGAGGUCACAUGACCGCACUUGAUGGCACGCCCUUGAGCUACAGCCUAGAGGCCAAGCCGGUACACCUGGGAGGCCUCCUGGCUGCCCUCAGAAACCACGGUCAAAUGCUGGACGCUGUGCGCAAGGCUCGUGCGAAGGCUUGAGGCCUCCUGGACAGACACCGCUACGUCAAGCAAGCUGGUAGGCAGCUAGUCUGCUGCCGGCAGGCAACGCCACGUAUCAAGUUUCAUACCAAAAUUACUAGGGAGUAACUUAGUUAAGCAGAAUACAUAGCGCAGAAACGAGCACAGGACAAACUUUCAACAAAACUUUUAUUGCAGAUCGUGCGCACAUGUAAACACAGUAUCUGAGACUGCAAAAAAGAAGGAAAUGUACAGGCUGCAGAAAAGAGAAAGAGUUAUGCCACGCAUGAACUACGCCGAAAAUUCAAGUUCCCUCUUUAAUAACACUAUUGACGGCAUACUCACACACUCAAUCACCUGCCCGUGCUGUUUCAAGUGCUUCGACUAUCUCCCUCAUUCUGUCAUUGUCUUGUGCGAAUUUCUGCGCUAUGUAUUCUGCUUAAGCGAUGACAAACCAACGCGUCCAAAUUCCAUCUCUUCUCAGUAAUUUGGCACUGCGGCAAUUCAGCUACCACGAGAACGAUGCGUAGUACGUAGAUUUGUUUGAAGUUAAUCGGUGCAAAGAGGAUGGUAAAGUGGCACGGAAAGGAGUCACGUGAACAGGAAACAUGAACAUGUUCACGGCGAAAGAAAACACCAACCACUACAUGGCCGUGUCCGUGUUUUCUUUCGUUGUCCAGUCUUUCCUGUUCAUCCUGACAAUAUAAGCUCGAAAACACAGGCAAAAAUUGUCAAGAUGAAUUUAUUCCAACUAGGCCGACUCGCAGAUAUUGCUUUCCUGUUCAUAUCUCUUCUUUCUGUACUAUUUAGGGCUUCUUUUCACCCAAUGUCGCAUGCAACUAGCCCAUCAAUUUUGCUAUUUUAAUGUUUAUAAUGUUCCUUCUUACAACUAGAGUUAUCAUGCUCUAUCUUUCUACAUUUCCAGCCAAUCAUAUUUGUUCGAGUGCGUGAACACCUGCUCACGCGUGUAAUCAUUACAAAUCACUGCUUUUAUGACGCGAUGCAUUUUUGUUGAGAAUAACGUAUUUGCGACAUCACAGUCACUUGAAGCGAGAAGGGCAAAGCUUGGGCAAAUCGACGUAGCACGCAUCAUUGCCAGGAUGGCUCGACUACCAUAUCUGUGGCUCCUGGAGGUAGCAGCGCAAAACUUUUUUCCUUUAGCAAUUUCCGUGUGUGACUCCCAGUGCCAAAGGAGUGGUAGCCUUUGAAAUGGGGACCCGGUAUUCAGGUUGCGAGGUUCAUUUAGCAAAAGGAACCUCAAAGCAGUUACUAUAACGCAGGCGUCAGUACUUUUGGGGAUUCCAGUCUUUCGUUCUGUCCCUGUGUUGUCUACAGGGCUGCUUUCGAGCAAUAAACAGAGUCGCCAGCUUUCAGCUUUCUCCCAAUACUACGAGUAAAAUUCAACGAAAAAGAAGCUACGUCUUGGACUUUACGCUUUUUAUGUGCACUUCAAUAUGUGCAACGGAGGUUUACAAGCAGAUAGAAAAAGAAAACAAACAUGGGUAGGAAAGUUCAGUAGGAUCUUGGCAAAGCAAGGAACAGCUGCCUCUGUUUUGCAUCUUUUGCAUAUUGUUGCUGCGCGCCUGCGAAUCUGUCUCAGUAAAUGAAACUCAUGUUAAAUGGGAACGCUUCUUUCAUUUGAAACGAUCUUGCUGUACUCCCGUUUGCAAUCGGCAGUUUUGUGUCUGCAGCAACGUUAAAACUGUCAACUCCUCUGAAUUAUAGAUGCAAGGUGUAGUGUUAUAAUUAUUUGCAUAACAGUGGUGUUGAAUGACUACUUCAGUGUUUCAUUUCAAAGAUGCUUUUUUUUUUCCUUAUGUUCAGAGACAUACUUUGGAACUAUUUGACAUUACCUUACUCCAUCUGAACUAACUUCUCAGAACAACAGGUGUUUCGUUUGUAUUAUGAGACGUUCUGAAUUGAUCAAAAGACAGUGUCAUGUGGAAAAAUGCAAACAUAAUAUCUCAUUUAUUCGUGCUCUUAUUAUUUCUUAUUAUUUCGAAUACCAAACAAAGUCAGAUGCACAUUUAGCUUAGUGAAGGUUUGGGGCGUGUGUUUGUCUUUUAAAAAGAAUUUUUAAAUACAGUUACCUGUUAAAGACUGCUUUCUCUGCACAACUGGCGUAAGGCAUUUACCCACCUGCUACAGUAAGGUUUCCUAGGACCCUGUUGUCCCGAUGAAAUUAAGUUAGUGCCAACAGUAAGCACUGCAUUUUGUGUUGCUGUGGGUGAUGCAUCUUCAUUUGAAUGAACUUGCGUGGCCUAGAGCAACUUGUAGAUCGCUCUUUGACGGUGAACCCCUCAGAGGGUCGUUGUCUAGUCUGUGCUAGCCGUGGCCAGUGUAAAGUUGGUAAGUGUGACCUACUUUAACAGAAGACUUGUGUGUAUUAACUUGGGACAUGAAUUCAACUCAGAACAGAGAGUGUUUGCUGGCUGGUUGGUUGGUGACAGAGGCGUUUCCACGACAUAUUUAGACUGUUUUAGUAGUGUGUAUGUACGCUAAAGUCUUAUGUACGCAGCACAAUGACAUGUCGAUCGACAGGUCAUACAUGUGCAGUAUGUAGCAUCACACAUGUACGUUACAGGUACAGUCACGAGCAAAAGUCUAGAGACCGCGGCAUCAACAAAAAAAUAAAAUUUCUUCAAGCGGAGUCGUGAAACCUGGAAUUGGCUAGUCAAUUGCACUUGUAGAACAGGUGUGGGUAGGCUGUAGCACUUCAGCCUGCAUAUCUUGACAGCAACAAAAAAAAUAACCUUUUCGCAUCUGUGGUCGACCUUUUGCUCGCAGUUGUAUGCCGAAUAAUUAUUCGUGUACAGAAUAAUGCACGCACAGUACUAAUUCUGAAUUUUGUUCUCAAGACACAGGAGUGCCAUCUGAGGUGCAGCAGUUAACUAGCAGUUGGGUUCAGUGAAAAUUUAACUGGCUACAAAGGGCACUUUGCAGGGAGUUAUAGGGCUGUGCUAGAUUCGUGCCCAGUGUUUACUUAGACGCGAGUGGCUCUGGUGACAUCACUUAAAAGUGCGAAGGUAGUAUUGUAGUGUAUUUGUAAUUAUCUACUGUAUUCAUCUUUGAACUGAAAGCAAAUACUGUGUCAUUCUUUAUGCAUCAGAGUGCGUCGUCACUCAGUUGUGGAAUAUGAGCCAUGUUCUGUGCGUUUGAGGUGAUACAAGUGCUGUCAUUGCUCAUGAAAACAGUGACUGCCAGUUUCCACUAUACCAUCUGUUUUACCCUUUUUUACAGUUAAUAUAUUUUUUCUUAAUCGUGUGUGGCAGAUAGCACAGCUCUAACACCUCAGCUGAGUUGCUCAAACAGAUGGACAUUACUUUUGCGAGGAAUUGAAAUGUGUAUAUUCCUAAUUUGCAGUGUCCACUAAUGAAGUAAUUACUAAUUGGCACAUACUUGAACUAGCAGAGACAGUUGGGCGAGUUGGUGCGAAUUCGUAUUUGAAGAAAGUGUGAAAAAAAAACCCACAACACUGAGAAACGGAGGGGACAGGACAGUGCACCCAUCCUGUCUUCUUCGUUACUCUGUGUUGUGGUUUUUCUUACGCUUUCUUCAAAUAUGAAUUGGCACAUGAACAUAUAGUGAGCUCUCAACAUGCUUAGAGCAAUCGUUUAAUGUGGCACCAGUUCUGAGAUGAGCUCCUUCAAGGUAUGACGAAAUUAACUGGCGUUUCACUCGCCUUUUUAGCAAAACACCUUUUUAAUACAUUGCAGGACGAAAAUGCUAACUUGAAAACACGCACAUUUAUUCACAAAAUUUUGGAUUGCAUGCUUCAAAAGUGGUGUUAGCAGUUGCAAUGUGUGCCUUAAAGUAAUAACUUGGAAAGUGAAUUGGCAAAGUAUUGCACGUUCUUCAAAUCAUUUUAACCUCUCGUGCAAGUAAUGUCUAUAUCUUCGGGCGAUUCAGCUCCAGGAGUCGAAAUGUGCCGUUUCCACUUGAAAUUUCUCAAAAUUCUGUGGAUUCUUAAAAAAAUACACCCUCUAUGUACAUAUAUGUGCUCGUGCACUUGGAUCACUGCAUUGUAUCGCACACAUUUUUAAUGUGCACAGCAAGUGAAAGAUGAACCCAAGGAGUUAAGAUCUUGCAGCAACUGGUAGACAAGAAGCCAUCUUUACCUUUUGAAUGCUCAGUAAUGGCUUGCGCAAGUACGAGCUUUUCUUGGUUACUGUGCUUUUGUUUGUGAAAUUGUGCAGCAAAAUGCAAAGGACAUCUUUUUUGUUCUUGUGAUAAGGAGAAAAUUUCAGCGUAAAGUAAUUGUCUGCAGUAAUAUACGUACAGUAUCACACAUUGCAUGGCAGCAUACGUGUACUGCCAAGUGCUCAAAGUGUUGGAAUGUGACUGCGUACCUACAGCACGUGUGAACUUCUCUAAUGGGUUCCUGUUUCACGAUUUUGCCACAUGGGUGCAUACGCAUUUUAUCAGUUUUAACAACUCAAGAAUAAACUUGCUGUAUAAAGGCAUAUGACAUCUUUAAGUUCAAAGUAUGUAUAUUUAGUUGAAUAUUGCCAUGGUGUUGGUGUGUGCAAGAGUGUUGUUAAAUGUGAUUAAGAAACACUGUACUGCGUGCAUUAGUAGUCACUGUUCAACAUCUCCCAACAUGUGCAAUUCGUAGUGUGCAUGGUGUUACGUUCAUGUCAGAUUUUUUAGACGCUCUUGGAAACUGUGCUUGCUUUGGCCUAUACGCCCCAUACAACAGCCACAGUAACAAUAACGGGGUGUUCUCUUAGCAAUCUCGUGGAAGUGUAGCGAUUUUGUAGAUAUAUUGUAUGUACAACGAACAUUCAGUGCUCUUUUUUCCUUUUGUGAUAUGUUUGUAUCGCUGUCACUCUUGAUUAAAGCUUUUUGUUUGCAUUAUA